CAAUAGAUACAUUUAUCGAAGAAAAUCUUCUUAGUCUACGAAAGAAAAUUCAGCAUAAAAUACAACUGGUUUACUUUGACUAUGAAGAAGAAAUCAUAAAACACGAGUAUCUUAAACAGAAUCCGAAUGAUACUCAAAUAAAAUUAGCAGAAGAACUCUGUACUGCUAAACAACAAGAAAUACUGAGCAAAUAUACAUCCGAACUUCUCGAUAAACAACUUAUUCAUUAUAAUGAUUCAUACAAUCUUGAACGUUUACCUAUUGCUCGCGUUCCUUUAUUUGAUUCGAUUGGUAACGCCAAUGUUCAACAACAAUUCUAUUCACAUUAUAAACAAAUUAUUGAACAAACAAAGGAAGAUAUGCUUAAUCUCUACACACAGUCAGCUAGAACUCAAAAGAUCCGUUAUCAAAAUGAAUAUAAUGAUAAAAUGAAAAAAAUUAGAGAAGAACAAUAUUUACUUCCAGAUGAACAAAAAUUAACUACAAAAAUGAUUGAAAUAAUCGAACAACAUGCCCGUCUUAUUGAAAAACGACUCAAAUCUAUUCACUAUUUUAAACUUGAAAAACUUUCUAUUCAAUCAUAA